AAAUUGAAAAUCUAUUAAAUAAUUGUUUUGAUAAUUUUUUUAAAGAUGAAUGAAAUGAAUUCAUGGAAUUUAUUGAAGAAAUAUUAUGAUGAAAAAGGAAAAAAACUUGUAAUUAAAGACCUUUUUGAAUCGGAUAAAGAUAGAUUUCAAAAGUUUUCUAAGGAGUUUUGUUGUUCUUCUGAUGAUUAUAUUUUAUUUGAUUUUUCUAAGAACAUAAUUGAUGACGAAUCAUUUAAAUUGCUUGUCCAAUUAGCAAAAGAAGCAAAUGUAGAGGGACUUAGAGAUAGGAUGUUUUCUGGUGAUCAUGUUAAUUUUACUGAGAAUAGAUCGGUUUAUCAUAUUGCUCUUCGUAACACUUCAAAAAAAAAAAUGGAAAUAGAUGGGAAAGAUGUUUCUAGUGAUGUUUACUCUGUUUUAGAGCGUAUGCAGGAGUUUUCUGAAAAAGUUAGAUCUGGUGAAUGGAAGGGUUAUACUGGGAAAUCUAUUAAAACAAUAGUUAAUAUAGGUAUUGGCGGGUCUGAUCUUGGACCCUCUAUGGUUACUGAAGCACUUAAACCGUAUGCUUUGAGAAACCUUCAAGUAUAUUACGUUAGUAAUAUUGAUGGAACUCAUAUAUCAGAAGCUUUAAGGCUUUGUGAUCCUGAAACAACUUUGUUUUUAAUAGCAUCAAAAACUUUUACUACUUUAGAAACUAUUGCAAAUGCUGAAACUGCUAAAAAAUGGUUUCUGAAGACAUCUAGAUCUGAAGAGCAUAUUUCCAAACAUUUUGUUGCAUUGUCUACAAAUGUGAAAGAAGUUACUGCUUUUGGUAUUGAUUCCAAGAAUAUGUUUGAGUUUUUUGACUGGGUUGGUGGACGAUAUUCAGUAUGGUCUUCUAUUGGACUUUCUGUUAUUUUAUAUAUUGGUUUUGAUAAUUUUUGGCAGUUUCUUGAAGGGGCACAUGCUAUGGAUAAUCAUUUUUCCGACACCCCAAUUGAAGAUAAUAUUCCUAUAAUUGGAGGUCUUUUAUCUGUAUGGUAUUCUAAUUUUUUUGGGGCACAGACACGUCUUGUUUCUCCUUUUGAUCAAUAUUUACAAAUGUUUCCAAGAUAUUUGCAACAACUUUCUAUGGAGUCUAAUGGAAAGUCUAUUGAUCGUACUGGUAAACAAGUUCAAUAUUCUACUGGAGUUAUUUUGUUUGGCGAACCUGCUACGAAUUCUCAACAUUCAUUCUUCCAGUUGGUCCAUCAAGGAACUAUACUUAUUCCUGCUGAUUUUAUUAUGGCAAUAGAAUCUCAUAACUCUAUUGAGGAAAAUAAACAUCAAUUACUUCUUGCAUCAAACUUUUUUGCUCAAUCAGAAGCUCUUAUGUUAGGAAAAACAUCCAGCCAAGUAGAAGAAAACGAAACAAAUUUGGAAUUGAUUCCUCAUAAAACAUUUACGGGUAAUAGACCAACAACAUCUAUACUGCUUAAAAAAGUUACACCGAGAACUCUUGGUGCUCUUAUUGUUUAUUAUGAACAUUUGACAUUUAUUGAGGGAGCAAUAUGGAAUAUCAAUAGUUUUGAUCAAUUUGGAGUGGAGUUAGGGAAAGCGCUUGCUAAGAACAUUUAUCAAGAGCUUCUUAGUAACGAAUAUGUGACCAACCAUGAUGCAUCUACACGAAACUUGAUAAAUAUUUUUAAAAUGAAAUCUCGUCAGAAUAUUUAA